ACGGAAACAUAGAAACCCACACAACUAUCUUAAAAUCAAGUUAACAUGUCAACUUUCAUGUCUGUUCCGACCAUGAAACAAACUCAGAUCUUUCAAGAUAUUAUUCGAAGUUCUCACGCAAGAAGACUACUACUUGAUCAGUCACCAAGUCCAGCACCGUCCCCAUACGAAGAUGACAUCAACUUUGAUGCAAAUGUUGUCAUGGUUCUUUCAGUCCUCUUAUGUGCACUCGUUUGCUCGCUUGGACUCAACUCUGUAAUAAGAUGUGCCUUGAGGUGCUCCAGUUUAGAACCAUCCGAAGCUGGUGACAACCAACCAGCAGCUCGCUUGAGCAACACAGGGGUCAAACGAAAAGCCUUGAAGAGUUUCCAGACAGUAAGUUACUCUGCUGAUUUGAAUCUUCCUGGCCUAGAUACAGAGUGUGCCAUAUGUCUCUCGGAGUUUAUAUCCAAAGAGCGUGUGAAGCUGCUUCCGACAUGCCACCACGGAUUUCAUGUCCGGUGUAUAGACAAGUGGCUUAGUGCACACUCAUCCUGUCCCACCUGCAGGCACUGCCUCAUCCAGACAUGCCAGAAGAUCGCCGACUGCAGCCAAACAAGCUCGUUAAACACUACUGAACCACCGCAAGAUAGCAUUAUCGUGCAAAUAGCACCUCUACAACCAGAAAGAUGGAUACGCUGUUUUAGAUGAAACUAUUCACCUACCUACACAGAGUAGCAGUAAUGUCUAUAACCCGAUUGAAGUAAUAUUGUAAUUCGAAUUAGACGAGAUCACAAGUUUAGCAAUUCCAUGUUAACGUUGUAAAUAUUACGAGAAAUGUUACUUUCUUCAUA